AAAAAAAAAAAUAGUGCAAUAAAUUGGGAUUACUCGGCACCUGCGACUGGUGAACCAGGCAAUCAGUCGAAAAAUGGUCUACGAUAUGACCCACAUGGCGGCGGGUCCGCCCCAAAGCAUCUCCCUGAGCCGCUACUACCUGGCCGAGGAGGACGAAAUGGUGGUGGGCGCCAAUAAUCCCCACCUGAUGAGCGAGGACUAUGCCGCCAGCACGACCCUCGACAUCGAUAAGAGGUUCCAGGCUCGAAUGGCCUGCGAAACGGCCGCCCAACCGGCUCCGCCGCCACCGCCCACACCUGCUCCCCGACGCCGGACCACGCCUAUCGCCCAUCUGGAUCCCUCGGAGCUGGUCGGGUUGUCGCGGGAGGAACGGCGUCGCCGACGACGAGCCACACUGAAGUAUAGAACGGCCCAUGCCACGCGGGAGCGGAUCCGGGUGGAGGCCUUCAAUGUCUCCUUUGCGGAGUUGAGGAAACUGCUGCCCACUUUGCCGCCGGACAAGAAGCUGUCCAAGAUCGAGAUCCUCAAGCUGGCCAUCUGCUAUAUUGCCUAUUUGAAUCAUGUGCUGGAGACACCCUGAGACAACGCCGGCGGAUCCAGCUCCAUGUCCAGUUCCAUCUCCACCGGAUCCGGUUUCGCCACCAGCUGCAUCUUUAACGAGGCCAACUUCUUUGCUCCGCCAUAGGGUGGACAGGGCCACAGCAUAUAUUAUUUUAUUCUAUUUUUUUUUUUAAAUUAAGAUUUAUGUGUUUUUAAAAAACAUUUUUUGAAAAGGGUUUU